AUGGACAACAACAAAAGGAAAGGAAAAGAGAUAUAUGAAGAACCAGAAACCGUCUUUACUACUGGAGAAACUAGUUCAUCUAGAGUCGAGGAUACUGAAGUAGACUACGAAAAUGUGGGGUCAGGAGCCUAUUAUGACUAUUAUGAUUACGAGAGCGACGAUUGUUGGGACUGGAGGGAUUACGAUGGUGUUCUCGGACCCGUAAUAGAUCAAAGAGAUCAAGCAACUUGUUGGGCAGUAGCGAUAGUGAGAGUGGUUCAAGCAUUAUUGAACAUUGGCGUCGUUGUGCCACAACAACUUGAGUUGUCUAUUCAACACAUAGUCAACCAUGUGAAUUUUGAUGCAGAAAGAGACAUCAACAACAUCAGAAACGCCCUUAGUUUCAUGAAAUCAUCCGGAGUUUGCUUGGAAAGUCGAUGCAGUAGUCACGGUCGACAACUAGUGAGGAAGAACUGCACUCAUCAACAGCAUAUCAAUUAUCACAAGGUGGAUGGCUUCACUCAUUUGAUCGACGUUGAAGAUGCAGACCUUGAAGACAUAGUUAGGAGGCAACCUGUUAUUGGUCUCAUACCAAUCAAUGACGAGUUACAUUACUAUGACUUUAAAAGAGACAUGAUAUAUCAACAUGACCGUACCACAGAUCCACCUGACCCAGCAGUGCAUAACGUCCUUAUUGUUGGCUUUGGAAACCGCAACGGAAGACCUUACUGGAUUGUGCGAAAUUCAUGGGGAGAAGAUUGGGGAGAUGGAGGAUAUGCGUAUGUGUAUCGUCAGCCAAUACGUGGUCGCUCUAUCUCUCAGUUCACUGAGAUCAUUAUUCCUAACAAGAGAGAUCAUCCGAGACCUCCCGGACCAAAGAGCGGAGCAUGAUGGUUUAAUUUGGUCUCUCAAUCUCAUGCAUGUGUAUGAGAUUUUGAUCCUUUAGACA